AUGUCCGCAAAAAAGAAAGACGCGUCAUCCGAUCUACACAUCAUCCGAGACAAUGCUAAUCAACUCGAGACUCGUUUCAAUCAAUUACGUGAAGACGUUAUUUCCAAGUUAAAUGAGUGUUAUGAUUAUAUUAAAUCUGCUAAAAAAUCAUGUCGUCAAGCGACUGAAAUGAUUGCAACCUUAGAAAACAGAUUGGCUAAUAUAUCAAACGAAGAAAAAGAAUGGAGAGACAUCAAAGUUAAACUAGGAACAACAUCUAUUGGAGGCAGAGUGGUGCUUGAUGUUGAAGAUAAAAAAUUUGUCACAAGUAUUGAGACAUUAACACGGGAACAAAAUACGUACUUCACCGAUAUGCUUUCUAAACCAUCAGAGACUGAAAGAAAUCUUGAUGAUGGAAGUAUAUUCAUCGAUCGAAACAGCACAAUCUUUCCUUACAUUCUUGAAUAUUUACGUACAGAGAUGAUACCUAACAAUGUGAUAAAAGAUGAAGAACUUCUAAAAGCAUUUCUCAUUGAAGCCAAAUUUUUUCGUUUACAUAGUCUGUUAGAUAGAUACGUCGGCUUUUUUCCGGAUAGUACAUUACUUCAGUACGAACAUAAGAAGAAACUAAAUGAAUUUUAUGGGAAGAUGAAUCAACAAUGGGAAUUGAUUUACAAAGCAUCACGUGAUGGGUUUGAUUCAAAUGCAUUUCAUUCACGCUGUAAUAAUAAAGGUCCAACAAUAACAAUCAUUCAAUCAACUGGGAAUUAUCUUUUUGGAGGUUACACAUCUGUUUCAUGGACAUCAGAUGGCUCGUAUAAGAAUGAUAGUACAGCAUUUUUGUUCACUUUAAUCAAUCCUUACAAUAUUGCACCAACUAAAUAUCUCAUAAACCCUACACAGGCAGGACAUGCAGUUUAUCAUCACAACAGUUAUGGUCCUACAUUUGGUAGUGGCCAUGAUAUCUACGUGGUAAAUGGUAGUAAUGGGAAUAAUUCAAACGCCACUGGUUUUCCUUCAGCAUACAUUGAUACGACUGGAAGAGCUAGUUGCACAUUCACUGGAGGGCAGAAUUUUACCGUGUCUGACAUUGAAGUUUUCAAAUUAUAA